CCUGAAUGCUACAUGAUGCUAACUCGCUACCUCCUCCCUCAUCUCUCCGUAUGAAAUAGAUCUUCUCUGUCCUCCAUGUUUGUAUUAACUUAUUAACAAAGCCUUACUAACGUCUCUCUAGAGCGCUAGUUUGUGCUAGCUGUGUCUGAAAUAGUCUAAAGUCUUUAAAGUGGACUCUGCCGGUCUACGAAGCUAACGCCCAUAGCUUUCCAUGCUGGAGCAACCAGAGCGGUUUUAACGGACAGAGUCUGAAAGAGAAGUCUCUGAGACUGAUUAAAGAUGUCUAAAGUCCAGAUGCUGAGAUGUUUAGUGAACCAGAGGCUGGCUGCUGCUGUUGAGGAGGUUUUUGGGCUGUUUGAGAGGACGAUAGCGGAGUACGAGGAGGAAAUAAGGAGAUCAACGGAGGAGAAGACAAGACAACAGAAGCUACUGGACGCUGUUUUAAACCCGGAAGUCUGUUUACACAGAGCAGAUGUCCAGCAGUCGGUGAAAGAAGAAAAUGUUCUUCCUGAGCAGCAGAAGAGGAGCUCCAGUCUAAACCAGGAGAACCCACCAGAGCCAGCUUACAUUAAAGAGGAACAGGAGGAACUCUGGAGCUAUGAGGAGUAUCAAGCAGCAGAGGAGGCUGCUGCCAGCAGGUUCCCCUUUAGUCUUGUCUAUUUCAAGAGUGAAGAAGAUAAUGAAGGGAAAACUCCAUCCUCACAGCCACAUGAAAACCAAAGUGGAGACGACAGUUUGAAAACAGAAACUGAAGGAGAGGGCUGUGGGGGAUCAGAACCAGAACAAGACUUGAAUCCAUACAGUUAUUUACACACAGAUACUCCUGCCAAAUCUUCACCUUUUCCUGGAUCUGAUGCUGAUGUUAAUGGUGAUUUGAGGGAAGGUUUAAACCCUCUCCAAAACAAUGGCAGAGCUGUAAGUGAGAUGAAGUGUAACUCUGGAGAUACAUCAGUUAGUUUUUCUGAAUGUGCUCAGAGCUUUGGUCUAAAGAAGCAGACACAAAAACAUGAAGGAAUCCACACAGGAGACGAACCGUUUACUUGUUUGGUUUGUGGUAAAGAAUUUAAAGGUAAGAAACAACUACAACAACACAAACAUCGUCAUUCAGCAGUAAAACCUUUUAGCUGCUCGGUUUGUAAGAGAGGAUUUCUCAAGAGAACAGAGGUUGUGAGACACAUGCGAGUCCACACGGGAGAGAAACCAUUUAGUUGUUCAGUCUGUGGUAAAAGUUUUUCUCAGCAUAUCCAUCUGAUGCAACACUCAUUCACCCACGCAGGGGAGAAACCAUUUAGUUGUUCUGUUUGUGGUAAAAGAUUCACACAAAAUGGAAAACUUAAGAGACACGCUGUUGUCCACACAGGGGAGAAACCAUUCAACUGUUUGGUCUGUGGUAAAAGUUACACUCAACAAGAAAGUCUGAGGCAACAUUCAAUAAUCCACACGGGAGAGAAACCCUUUAGUUGUAAGGUUUGUGGUAAAAAAUUUGCUCUAAAUGGGUAUCUAAAGAGACAUUCUUUAGUCCACAUGGGGGAACUAACCGUUUAGCUGCAUUCUUGUGCUGCAAAAAAUAUCACAGUGCUGUCUGCCAAAACACACGUUUAAAAAAUGAAAUUAAAAAACAAGUAUCUUGUCAAAUAUAACCUUUAACCCUCAGGUGUCACUUUAAUUAACCACCUUAAAGCCUUUAAGGACAAAAGUGUCCACUUCCAAAAAACUGCUAUAAAAACUAAAAGAUUAAUAUUUUUUCUGCUUCAGCUGUGCUCUAAACUACCAAACAUUCUCAACAUUUUGAGGGUUUUAUUCCUUUAAAUGCCAGUUUGAGUACUUAAAGAUCAAAAAUGUGGUUUGAAUGUGGGUCAACGGGACGUUUUUGUCCAUAAUGACUCGAGAGGGUAGAAAAUUUUAAAUCAGAUGCUACACAAAAACUGAUAACGCAUCAAAGUCAAUAUUUUGGCUAAGGUUUGACAUACCCAGGACUGAUUUAAUAAAAACAC